AGGAGCAAUUAAAGGGGAAAUGUUGCACGAAUAUAACUCCACUUUGGCCCUUAAAUUGCAUAGAGUGUGGUUAUAAACGCCCUUGUUGCAUCAUGCCAUUACAAAUGUCGCACAACUCGCUCUCUCUGUGCUGUUUGGAUCUUAUUAGCGCUGAUGUUGCACACAUCGCAUGGCGGCGGCCAGCAAAGGGUUAAUUUUUUCCCCGCCGACAUUUUUGUUCGACGCUUUACGAUAACUUUUUACCUGAACAUGUGCGGCCAGUCGGCGUUGUGGUUCACAUGCGUGUUGUCGACGUGAACUUCGUAGUUCACCAUUUGUGCGUCAAUGGAACGCAGCGCUUCCAAACCCAGUCGCCUCUUUGUUGACCUGCUCUAGUGAUGCUCACGAGUCGGCGGUGGUUAGCAAAUGCUAGCGCGGAAAUAACAUUGUGACAACGUAAACACACUUGUGUUUGUGCCCUUCGAUCGGGAUUGUCUGGCGUGUUACAUGCGUGAGGACUUGACAAUAAAGUGAUCCGCAAGCAGAUUGGUGUGUCGCAAACAUAUUUGCUGGCAGGUGUUGAGGGUUGAAUGAACUCGGCAAUGUGAUGCCUUGAACACUCCCCCUUUUCCAAACAGCGAGGCCCUCGGUGAGAACGGGCUCAAUUGAAUCAGUAACCAUGAGUUUAGUGUGAGUCCCGAAACGACACACUUGUCCACAGAUUAAAUAUGAUGUUCAACAGCUGUAGGUAGUUCUAAUAAAGAGUUAUAAUAGCGCCCAUAUGUGGGGUUAUAACUUGGACAUCAACAAAAGGAGGUCGCUAUGAGGUGUUUUCUUUUUGCAGGUUGAUAUAGCUCAGUAUUGAGUUGAAAGACCUAUUUAAAAAAUACGUCUAAUUCAAACUACUGAUAGAAUCACUUUCAAUAUUUUGGGAUUUUUUUUUAAUUCAUAAUUAAGAAGUGUAAUAUAUAAUUUAUACAUUUUCAGGGAAGAUUAUUCAGUGCAACAAUUCCAGGUGCACCACAUUAUAUAUUGUGAUGCCAAAGCAGAAACAUCCAUGAUGAAGGAAACAAAUUGUGCUGAUGGGUGGAAAAUUUCAGUAAAUUAAACUUGUCUUGACGUGUCUAGAAACUUGUCCCGUCUACUGAAGAGUUGACCUAUCACUGAGCGCCUCCACCGGGAUGUUUAAGCUUAAAUUUGAUCAUUCUGCUGUCAGGUAUUAAAAUGUGAUUAUCACAGUGAAUAUUAAAUUAGAUUUUUUUCCUCUUAAGUAGUUACAACAGUAGUUAUUUUUAAUAGUUGCAGCUAAGAACAGUAGAAAUCGUCACCAUCUUUACAACAACUGUGUUUCUUUACGUCUGCACUGACCAUCUGUUGUGUUUGCAGCGGUCAGGCGCCAGCGUUUCUCCAGACAUGUCGGUGAGGGAAGCUUUUAACCCUGAAAGCUAUGAGCUUGACAAGAACUUCAGGCUCACACGCUUUGCUGAGCUCAAAGGCACAGGCUGCAAGGUGCCUCAAGAGGUUUUAGAGAAGCUGCUAGAAACCCUGCAGGAGAACCACUAUCAAGAAGAUGAACAGUUCCUUGGAGCAGUAAUGCCCCGAUUAGGCAUAGGCAUGGACACAUGUGUAAUCCCAUUAAGACACGGUGGCCUUUCACUCGUCCAGACAACAGAUUACAUCUAUCCAAUUGUGGAUGACCCUUACAUGAUGGGGCGAAUCGCGUGUGCCAAUGUUCUAAGUGACCUGUACGCCAUGGGAGUGACCGAAUGUGAUAACCUUUUAAUGCUCUUGGGGGUCAGCAACAAAAUGUCUGAGAAGGAGAGAGAUAAAGUCAUGCCCAUGAUCAUCCAGGGAUUUAAAGAUGCUUCAGAGGAGGCAGGUACUUCAGUAACAGGAGGACAGACGGUUUUGAACCCCUGGGUGGUGAUGGGGGGAGUCGCGACAACGGUGUGUCAGCCCAACGAAUUCAUCAUGCCAGACAAUGCAGUUCCAGGAGACGUGUUGGUGUUGACCAAACCAUUAGGAACACAAGUUGCUGUUGCAGUUCAUCAGUGGCUUGAUAUUCCAGAGAAAUGGAAUAAGAUCAAGUUGGUGGUGACGCAGGAGGAUGUGGAGCUGGCCUAUCAUGAAGCAAUGAUGAACAUGGCCCGCCUCAACAGAACAGCGGCAAGCCUCAUGCACACCUUCAACGCUCACGCAGCCACAGACAUCACAGGAUUUGGAAUCCUGGGUCACGCUCAGACUCUCGCACGGCAACAACGCAGUGAAGUCUCCUUCGUCAUCCACAACCUUCCAGUGCUCGCCAAGAUGGCCGCCGUUUCCAAGGCCUGUGGGAAUAUGUUUGGACUCAUGCACGGCACCUGUCCGGAAACAUCAGGUGGUUUGCUCAUCUGCCUUCCUCGCGAACAAGCCGCACGCUUCUGCGCCGAGAUCAAGUCUCCAAAAUACGGCGAGGGCCACCAAGCCUGGAUCAUUGGGAUUGUAGAGAAGGGCAACCGUACGGCUCGCAUCAUCGACAAGCCUCGGAUCAUAGAGGUGGCGCCGCAAGCAGCAACCCAGAAUGUCAACCCGACGCCCGGUGCAACUUCCUAAUCCUCCAGUCCUGCAUUGCCAAGAGCUCUGCUGAGUGAUUUUAGACAAACUGUGAUCCAUCCCAGAGUCAAAGUGCAGCAUAAGUGAAGACCAGCAUGCACACGGAGAAGACUGGAUUGUUGUCAAUUAUCAUGGAAAAAAAAAACUGCUCUGCACGCAGGUGUGGCCCACAUCGCUCGAAAGACUCAUCCCGCAGUUCCCCAAUAAAACAAUUGGUAAGAAAAUGUGCAAAACUCCAUCCAUUUGUGUCUUUUUAUUCUGUUGUAAAAAGUGCUUGAGUGGGAGGCAGCUGCUGGCGAGGGAGUGACCACAUCUCUGUCUUUGGCUUUUUUCUGUUCAAGUUGUACAGUCUGGUUUUAGUUGACCCAUGUAACUGAUGCCUUGAAGGAAGACGAGUGACCACACGGAUUGUUUUCUUUUUUUUUUACUUAUUUUUUGUAUUGAGUUCACUUCAACUAAUAAAUAAUCACGUAGAAGACUGUUUUGCUCGCUGCUGUGUCACCGAUCAAAGCGAAACCAUUAUGCUGAAAUAGAAUAUUCCAGCUGGAGAUUUCAUUUUUCUAACUGUCUGUCCUCUUUUUGGAAACCAGUAGUUUGCACUCAAGAGCUGAUCGGCGGUCGACGUCAUCAUGUCAGAAAUUUGACCUCAAAUACAAGUUGUGAAAGAUGAGCUGUCAUGUGAUAUUUGGGAUGACAAGUAACCUCGAGACAACCUCCGAAAAUAAAGA